AUGGCGACCACAAGCACCGCACCGCCGCUCUACACGGACCUCGAGGCCAUCUUGAGCCGCUUCCGCCGCAAGCGCAGCAAACAAAUCGCGUUCUUGCGACGGUACAUCGACGUCCUCCAGAAGCGUGUCGGCCACCUCCAGUGGAGUCACUCGACACUUCUGGGCUGGGAGGACGUCUCGAAAGCGCUCGCAGAAGACACGCUGGACAGAGUCCGGGAAAAUCGAUCCCUGAAGCGCGAGGUUGCAGCUUCUCAGGGCCUUCGCACCCUCCUCGCGGCGUGGGUAAGUGCCCACGCAUCCUCACCGCACACACGGACACCCGGGCACGAUCCGUGGACAACCGCACGGCUCUUCAACGGUGCACCGGACGCGCGCAAGGUCGGGCUCGAGUGGAUCUUGCAGCAGUGCUACCACAACACGUCGAGCGCGCUGGCCCACGUGUCGGCAGCGCUUCACAACGACGAUGACGCGGUCCGCGUCGCCAUGACGUUUGACGGCACUGCAAUGAGUCUCACAGUCACAUCCCAGUGGAUCGAGCCGUACCCGAUGCCGCAUGUCGCCGACGCCACGUGGAGUGCGAGCCGGUCGUUCUUAGCAACGUGCUGCUCCAAGCAGACGAACUGCUCGACGCUGCGCACCGCCGUAAGCAGCUACGUCGAAUACUUUCACGAAGACGUUGGCCCCCCGUGCCAGAAAAUCAUUGCCAAUGCGCUCUACGGUCGAUACGACACGCCCGACCGCACCGUGCUCAUCAGUCGCUCAGUUCUCUCGGAUGAGGCCCACCCUGUGCCGCAGGAUACGUGGUGCACCGACUCACGUCAAUGGAUCGUUCUAGACCGCAUGCAUGCAAAUGCGACGCGGGUACGGGUCUACGACUACAGCGGACACCCGAUUUAUCCCAGCGGCCAACUCGUGCCAUUGACGGUUCUCGCCAAACUCAAGAGGUUUGAGACCACGUCGGACGACGCGGCCAAGUUUCCGCCGCCACCUUGA